AUGGAGGCGGAGCUAAGGGUAUCAGCUGCGGCCGACCAAGAGCCCGGUAAGGUGGUGCCAUUUCGCGUUCGACACAGCCCUCCAGUGGGAAAGGUGAAGUCAAAAGAGAAAAAUGAGGAGAAGAGGAGGUGGCCUGUUGGAAAGGGAUCCGGUCCGUCCAUGGGUCCCUCCUACAGGUUGAAGUCCGUGGAUUUCUCCAACCAAGUCGAAAUCAACGCCUCCAGAAAAGCUUCUUCAGCCGGCACCUUCGCAAACGACCUUCUUAUCUGCUGGGAGCGGGCCACUAGUCUGGUGCUGGCAAGAGAGGCCAAUUUUGCGAAGCUGGCUAUGUUCGAGAAAGAUGCCUCGGAUCCCAAUCGGUUUUUCCAAUCAGCUUCUUCAGCCGGCACCUUCGCAAACGGCCUUCUUAUCUGCUGGGAGCGGGCCACAAGUCUGGUGCUGGCAAGAGAGGCCAAUUUUGCGAAGCUGGCUAUGUUCGAGAAGGAUGCCUCGGAUCCCAAUCGGUUUUUCCAAUCAGGUUAG